AUGCGUCGGCCUACGAAAUACUACAGUCUCACCAGGCCGAAACUCAGGCAAUCAUGGAACAAGUAUAACUUGUUUAAUAUUGCCCGUGCGACCGGCCGCGAGCCACCAGUCAAGGGUCGAGCGACAUUCUUCCAGCAGAAGUGGGCAGCCAAGUCCAAAACCCGAGGUUACCACGGCGAGCACGUAUCCGAGAAGAAGUGGGUGCGGCUGUUUUCACGACGACUUCUAUCCGCUGUCGAUCUUCCUCCCAAGUAUCUUGCCGCCAACGAUGGUUCUGAGCAAGCUGCUGGUCGUGGUUCUGGCUUGUCGACAUCCAAUGUGACCGCCGAGUCCUACUCCCAAGUCCCCAAGGGCACCGAUGCAGUCCGCCCUCCCUCUCAUCCGGCUCAGCGAAGUCGUGGUUUCGGCGAUGUGAACGAGAUGCUGUCUGAGCACUUCCAGGAUAUGACACCCUAUAUGCAAAUGACGUUUGCGCCCCUGGAGCGAAGAUUGGACACGGCAGUGUUCCGCGCCAUGUUCGCCAGCAGUGUACGACAAGCUCGUCAAUUUGUCAUCCACGGCGCUGUCAAGGUCAACGGCAAAAAGAUGGUUCACCCUUCGUACGCAUUGAACCCUGGCGACAUGUUCCAGGUUGAUAUUGAAAAGGUCUUGUACGGAACCGGAGAGCAAAAGAAGCCCAACGCGAAACAGGAAAGUCGCGACAAGGAGUUGCUUGACAAGCAAGAAGAGGCUGUCAGGCAACAAGGUCUCAAGAAGCGUUCAAAGAUUCUCGACGCUGUGGCCGCCAAGGAGGGAGAAGCGGCAGGAGCCAAGCUUGGAAAGGGCUCGCUCAAACGUGUCGAGCGUGAGGUACAAUUGCAUCGUAUCAAGAAUCUCCGCGUAACAGCUCGAGAGAUUCUAAAGGGCGACAUGAGGCAGCUAUCGGCCAAGCAGAAGAAGGACUUGCGACUAUUCCGAGAUACUGCCCAGCGUUUGUUGUCUCUCCGCGAAGACCGUGAGCUUGACGCAUAUGAGCUCAUUAACCAGAUCCAGUCUCAGAUCCAGAAGCUUAGUACCGUGGAUGCUUUCCGCAAGGCCGACCCAACUCCUGCCGAGGCAUCAAGUGAGGGAGAGUCUUCAGCUGAUGAUAAGGCUACCAAGAAGAACGAGGUCCAGGUCAAACGGUCGGAAUUCAAGAACCAAGUCCUCGAGAGAGGUUUGGAAGGUAUCACAAAUAGGGAAGAUCGGGAUCGGGCCAGGAACAUCCUGGCCACCCAUGAUCUGACCAACGAGGAAAUUCGCAAACUUGUCUAUAUUCUCAAGAACGACGCCGAGAACCCCAUCGACCACUCGAAACCUUACGUUACCCCCUGGCGCCCUCGCCCAUUCAUGACUGCCUUUGCAUUCAUCCCUCGCUAUCUCGAAGUCAACCCCUAUAUCUGCGCUGCAGUUUACCUCCGUCACCCCGUGGCACGAAAGGGAAUGGCCGAGGUUCCCACACCUUUCAGCUACUUGACCAACCAAUUGGCUCAUAACUGGUACUUGGGACGAGGUUAA